CGGAGAAUAAGUCUCAAUUUUCUUAGUCUACUUUGCAAAAUAGAUCUUCAAUUCGCAUCCUGCAACGGGAAAUCUCCUACAGACAAAGAAAUACGAUCUAUCUAGUGUGAUAAUAGUCCAAUAUCACACAAUCAUAAUUCAUUGAUUGCUACACGCAACUCAGUACUGAUUACAGGAAGUUUGCAAACGCCGGGUUAUGCGUUGAAUACCUAGGUACAGUACAUAAACAUAAUAUCCAGGCUGAAAAGUUACUGUCUAUUGUAUCUCGGGGGAAUCAUCGCAAGAUGCAGGGAGAUCGUGAAGGAAGCGCCCUCGUACCUGGCGAGCGGCAAGGAAGCGAGAAGGGACAAGAAAAUGAGAAAAUACCAGACAAUGGAAAUCAAUCCCCCGAGGGUUCUCUCGAAGAUGCAGAGACAACAAAUGUCGACAACACCCCCAAAGAGGACCAUUCUCACUAUGUCACCGGCGCCAAGUUGAUGACCAUCUUCGUCGCGCUGGUUCUGGCAUCUUUCUUGAUGCUCCUAGACAGCUCCAUCGUCAGCACGGCUAUCCCGGCUAUCUCGGAUGAGUUUCAUGCGCUUGAGGAUGUUGGCUGGUAUUCAGCAGCCUAUAACCUUGGAUCGGCUGCCCUACAACCUUUAACAGGGAAAAUUUACAAAUGCUUCUGCCUCAAGUGGUCCUUCCUCACAUUUUUCGUUGUGUUUGAGAUCGGCUCCGUGCUCUGUGGAGCUGCCCAAUCCUCCAACAUGUUGAUUAUCGGCCGGGCUAUAGCUGGAGCUGGAGCGUCAGGUCUGCUUAGUGGGUCAAUUAUCAUUAUAUCUAGUUGUGUACCCCUCCAUAGACGUCCAACACUUAUAGGUAUAAAUCAAGGAGUUGCUCAGCUUGGUACCGUAAUCGCGCCCCUGAUUGGAGGGGCAUUCACUACCGGCUAUACUUGGCGAUGGAGUUUCUACAUUAAUCUUCCGCUCGGUGCUAUAGUCGCCGUCCCCAUCGUAUUCCUUCGAAUCCCUGAGCAAAUCGCCAAAGAUCCUGCGCUCAAGAUUUUGGCCAAGAUUCAUCACCACCUAGAUCUAUUAGGAUUUGCUUUGCUAGCUCCAGCUGUUAUUCAACUCCUAUUGGCACUUGAAUAUGGAGGUAACAAAUUCGCAUGGAAUUCCUCGCAGAUUAUCGGUCUGUUUUGUGGUUCGGGAGCAACUUUUAUCGUCUGGGUUUUCUGGAACUAUUACAAAGGUGACGAUGCUUUGCUCCCCUUUUCGAUCAUGAAGCGAAGAACAGUAUGGGCGAGUGCUUUGAACUACUCUUUUCAGAUGGAGACGUUAUUCGGCACAUCCUACUGGCUGCCAAUCUAUUUUCAGGCUGUAAAAGGCGUGAGCGCUAUAUUGAGUGGUGUAUACAUGUUGCCCACUAUUCUAGCCCAAUUGUUAUUCACGGUUUCAGCUGGAAUGCUAGUGACAAGAGUGGGUUACGUCCCUCCUUUUUCUAUUUUCGCUGGAGUUCUUAUACCAAUCGGAUGUGGUCUGUUCUCCUUGCUUCAACCUGAUACCUCAACGGGAAAAUGGAUUGGCUACCAAAUAAUUGCUAGCAGUGGCCGUGGUGCUGGCUUACAGAUGCCGAUUGUUGCUGUUCAGAAUACCGUGACACAAGAAGAUUUACCUAUGGCAAUGGCAUUUCUUUUAUGGGCGCAAUAUAUGGGGCCUACCAUAUUCCUAACGCUCUACAACUUGAUAUUCAACACGACUCUGAAGACUGUAUUACCUCAAAUAGCGCCGGACGUUGAUGCGCAAGCCAUCAUUUCGGCAGGUGCAACAGGAUUUCGUCAAAUUGUGGAUGCCCGAGACCUCCCUAAAGUCCUAGUUGCUUAUUCGGACAGCGUUGAUAGAGUUUUCUAUCUUGUUGCCGCCGCUGGUGUGGGAGGAUUCAUAGCUGCUUGGGGUAUGGGUUGGCAAGAUAUUCGAAAGAAUAACGAAGAACCGAGACAACCUCAAAUAUCCGAGGCUUAAGUGGUGUGUAAUAGCCUACACCGAACUAAAAUCCGGAGGGCGAGACAAGGAGUUGUAAGAUAAGAGUCAAUGAGUAGGCUCUGCGGCGAAACGACCGAGCCUAUCUUUGUCCAUUCCACUGUAUAUUGCAUGAUACUAUUUUUAUAGAAGUUUGAUAUUUAGAUAAGUCAUUAUAAUGCUAGACCUAGACCUCAA